AUGGCAGCUUUCCACCACCAGCAUCACCACCAUCCGAGCGCGGACCUGCGGUGGCUCUUCCAUCGGCUCACCAUCGCGUCCUCUCUGAGCAUCCUCUGUUUCUCCUUGGUUUAUCUCCUCACCGGAUGCAGUGAUCCGGAGCUGACAGAAAACUCUGAGAUCAAGGCACCCACACGCGAGUUUCUCGUUUCAGGGUCAGGAUGGCCGUACGAGAGAAACGGAACUAGCGUUGUCAAGGAGGUUACCACCGUGACUGGUGAAGGCGCGUUCAGCGGUCAUCCCGGGCUGGAGGCAAACAGCUCAGGGAAGGAAUGGACAGCCACUCGGAGGUUACCGCAGGCUCUGAUCAUAGGGGCUAAAAAGGGAGGCACCCGGGCUCUACUGGAGUUUCUGCGGCUCCACCCGGACAUCCGUGCCUUGGGGUCGGAGCCGCACUUCUUCGACCGGCAUUACGCACGGGGGCUGGACUGGUACAGAAGUAUGAUGCCCAAAGCCCUGGACGGUCAGAUUGUUAUGGAGAAGACGCCUCGCUACUUUGUUACCCAGGAAACACCAGCACGAGUCCAUGCCAUGUCACAGGAUGUGAAACUGAUUGUGGUUGUCCGUGACCCCGUGUCCAGAGCCAUAUCUGACUACACACAGAUCAUCUCCAAGACCCCCGACAUCCCUCCCUUUGAGAGUCUGGCUUUCAAGAAUCGCACCACAGGUCAGAUCGACUCUCUGUGGAGCCCGCUGUGGAUCGGCCUGUACGCCCAGCACCUGGAGCGUUGGCUGUCCUGGUUCCCCAGGACUCAGAUCCAUCUGGUCAGUGGGGAGAGGCUCAUCUCCGACCCAGCCAGAGAAUUGGGCAAAGUCCAAGACUUUCUGGGUCUCCAGAGGAUUGUCACAGACAAGCACUUCUACUUCAACAAAACAAAAGGCUUCCCCUGCCUGAAGAAGCCAGAGGGCAGCAGUAAACCUCACUGCCUUGGGAAGACGAAAGGGAGGAUGCAUGUCUCGAUCGACCUGGAGGUGAUGCAGAGACUGAGGGAUUUCUACAAGCCGCAUAACCAGCGCUUCUAUAAGAUGGCGGGCCAGGACUUUGGAUGGCAGUGAUGCUCUGAUUGUGUGGAAUCAGAAGCUUUUGUUGGCAUUAUGGAGUGCAAAAGAUUCAGAGAACAGAGUCAAUCAACCGCUUCUGACCAGCAGUGGGAAAAACAAAAACCCAGCGUCAAUACCUUCACCUCUAUCAAUAAAUUAAUCAAUAAUCUUGUUCACGUGUUUGAAAGACAGCAGGGUAAUUUUAUAUAUCAUAGAUGUUCAGUAAAAUAUGUACUUUUGUAGUAUUAAACAAGGGUGUCCCCUCGCAUCAUUCUCAUUUGGUAGUACUUAUUCCUAUGCCAGGUGGUCCAAUAAAUGUGCAAAGUUGGUCAUGAGACACUAGUGGCUAUAGGUUACAGCUGUAAAAAGUUGGAUGGUGAAAUACACAGUGUAGCUGUUAGUGACUCUGGUUGACAGUAAUGCUAAAGCUCUAGUUGGUAGGCUGUAAUGGUACAAUGAACCCAAAACAGGUGUAUUUUCACAUUCCCGAAUUUCCCCAACUUUCUUUUUCUACCUGUUUGUUCUUCACUCUCACUAGUUAAUAAUUUACAUACAUAUUGAGUA